AUGAAGUCCGGUCUUUUUGCGUUGCUCGCGGCCGUCGCCUCUCCGGCCGCCGGCUUCAGCGUCGGCGCUCGCAAUCCGACUGGCUUCAGCGGCGCUGGCGCUCGCACGCCGCUGCACCGCUCGCUGCCGCCGCAGCUCGUGCUUGGCCGUGUGCAGCGAUUCGUGAGCAAUCGCGUCAUCUCGCCGUUCAAGCGGGACCAGAUCGCGGAGGAGAUCGAAGCUGCAGUCCUGACCGACGAGAUCGAGGACGCGAUGCCAGAGCCCGUCGUGCUUUCCGAAAAGAAGCUGACGGCUGCCGAUAAACUGCUCGUAAAACUCGGCGUGAAGACGGAGGACGAGUGCGUGGUGCCGGAGGAGGGCGAGGACCUGAUGGAGCAGAUCAAGUGCGCCGGCCGCGCGGGCAUCGUCUCCUACGUCAUCUGGGAGUGGAUCUUCUGGAUUGGCGCUGGAGGCAUCGCGGCAGUCACGUACUACCAGGCGACGGGUGGCUGGCCCGACCUCAGCAACCCCGACGACCAGGCCAAGGUCGGAGCGUCGGCGUUCGCGCUCGUCAACGUGGCUCGCUUCGCCGUUCCGCUGCGGAUCGGCCUCGCGCUGUCGACGACGCCCUGGGUCGACGAGAACAUCGUGUCUCGCUUCACGUCGGGCGAGGACGACGACGACAAGGACGGCGGCAGCGGCGGCGAGGAGAAGGCCGAGCAGGCGGCCCCUGCGUAGAGCAGGCGGCCCCUGCGUAUGCCGCCGUAGCGGGUGCUCGCGGCCCUAAGGUCCUUCCACCACGCUGUUCUGUACGCAGAGGGCUUCUAGCAGAGUGCGGUGACACGAUUGCGCAGCGCACUUGUCGCGUCUAGCAGCGCGCAUCAUAGAGCCGAAUAAUGCACCGCGAUACGGCUACAUGUGUAUCAUGUGC